AUGUCGUCCCUAUCCCUAUCAAGGAAACCAGCUAUAUUUAGCCUGGCGGCCGCCUCGUCGCUCUUGAGUGACUACUCGAUAUACGCGAGUGGGUGUUUGACCCCGUCCAGGACGAGCGUGACAGAUCUCCCUGAUCAGCUUGAGGAGAACCGAGGCACAGCAGACAGCACCGAAAGACCACCUGUGAAUGACGACCCUGAGCUCAAACUCGAUCGAUCAGCGGUCCGUCCGUUUGAUCCGAAAGUCCCUGGCACGUCCACCUCUGAUAAGCCAAAAGAAGAAGAAGAAAAGGAGGAGGAUCAGCCUGAAUGGGAGACGAUUUUCCCCGAAGGAGAUGAGAACGCUCUGACCAAACAGUUAGAGGCUUUUGCUGAACAUUUUGACCCUUUGGUACCGCUACUGCUCGAGACCCCAUGGAGCCCCAAAACCCACCUUGACGUCUCCAACACGGUUGAUGAUAUUCUCUUCAAAGUCCUUCUCCACGUCCGGCCAAUGGACGAUGAAUUUGAUUGGGCAGAGCUUGCGGAAGACAUUCGUCGUGGCAACAUUAUAGAAUUCCCACGAGGCUUCACAGUUUUGAGUACUUUGUAA